CAAAAUUAGCAGGAGUGUUAUAAAAGCCUGAGCUUGCAGCUUCCAGUUGUCUCAGGAAGAAGAGAAGGCUCCCAUGGAUCUGGUGGUGGUGCUGGGGCUCUGCCUCUCCUGUUUGCUUCUCCUUUCACUCUGGAAACAGAGUCAUGGGGGAGGGAAGCUUCCUCCUGGCCCCACUCCUUUGCCAAUUCUUGGAAACGUCCUGCAGUUAGAUUUUAAGGACUUAAGCAAAUCUUUAACCAAUCUGUCAAAAGCCUAUGGCCCCGUAUUCACUGUGUAUCUGGGCAUGAAGCCCACUGUGGUGGUGCAUGGGUAUGAAGCAGUGAAGGAGGCCCUGGUUGAUCUUGGACAGGAGCUUUCUGGACGAAGCCGUUUCCUAAUGAAUGCAAAACUUAAUAAAGGAUUUGGAGUCAUUUUCAGCAAUGGAAAGACAUGGACAGAGACCCGGCGCUUCUCACUCAUGACCCUGCGGAAUUUCGGAAUGGGGAAGAGGAGCAUUGAGGAACGAGUUCAAGAAGAAGCCCACUGCCUGGUGGAGGAGCUGAGAAAAACCAAUGCCUCACCCUGCGAUCCCACCUUUAUCCUGGGUGCUGCUCCCUGCAACGUGAUCUGCUCCGUGAUUUUCCAGAACCGUUUUGAUUACACAGACCCGAAUUUUCUUAGCUUGAUGGGAAAGUUCAAUGAAAACUUCAAGAUUCUGAAUUCCCCAUGGGUACAGUUCUGCAAUUGUUUUCCUAUUCUCUUCGAUUAUUUCCCUGGGAGUCAUAGGAAAGCAGUUAAAAAUGUUUUUUAUGUGAAGAAUUAUAUUACAGAGAAAAUAAAGGAACACCAAAAAUCCCUGGACAUUAACAAUCCUCGGGACUUCAUUGAUUGUUUCCUGAUCAAAAUGGAACAGGAAAAGUGCAAUCAACAGUCUGAAUUUACGACUGAAAACUUACUGACCACAGUGAGUGAUGUGUUUUUGGCUGGAACAGAGACAACAAGCACCACCCUGAGGUAUGGACUUCUACUCCUGAUGAAGCACCCAGAAGUCAUAGCCAAAGUGCAGGAAGAGAUUGAGCGUGUGAUUGGCAGACACCGGAGCCCCUGCAUGCAGGACAGGAGCCACAUGCCCUACACGGAUGCUGUGAUACAUGAGAUCCAGAGAUACAUUAACCUUAUCCCCAACAAUGUGCCCCAUACAACAAUCUGUAACCUUAAGUUCAGAAAUUACAUCAUCCCCAAGGGCACAGAUGUAAUAACAUCACUGUCUUCGGUGCUGUAUGACGACAAAGAGUUCCCCAACCCAGACAGGUUUGACCCUGGCCAUUUCCUGGAUGCCAGCGGCAACUUUAGGAAAAGUGACUACUUCAUGCCUUUCUCAACAGGAAAACGAGUGUGUGUGGGAGAGGCCCUGGCCCGCAUGGAGCUGUUUCUAUUCCUGACUGCCAUUUUACAGAACUUUACCCCGAAACCUCUGGUCGACCCAAACAAUGUCGAUGACAAUCCAUUCGCCAGUGGAUUUGUCCGUGUGCCGCCCUUGUACCGGGUCAGCUUCAUUCCUGUCUGAGGAAGGUCAGGUCACUGGAUGCUAUGCUUACAUUUGCAAUUCCCCUUCCUCCAGGACACCAGCCAACUGUUUCCCCCUGUCAUGGGGGCCUUCUCUGACCUGGCCUUUGACAUUUCCUCAUUGCUCAAGGUCCAUUCUCCAUUCGGUGGGAGUUACCUGGGUCCCUUCACAAAUGUAUGUUUGCUAUCACCACACUUAAUACUCUUGGACUGAUCACCACAUGGGCUAAUACUUGUAUAAUGCUAUGUUAUAUGCUGUCACUGUAAACUUGGGCAAGAUGAUUGACAUUUGACAAUUUGGAUCCAUUUCUCCUCUGCAUGCUCUACAUAGAAGCACUAUUAAUUGCUGAAAUCAGUUCUCAAGUUUUCUUCUUUUGUACAUAAUUUGACUAAAAAAUUAAAGGAAACAGAUUCCCAAGAAUCCAUGGUAGUCUUCAUAAUGGUGGGCAAAGAGACAGAAAAAGGCAAAGAGAACAGAUUGCUCUUGUCCACCUCUAGAGAUAAUGGAGAUUUGGAUGUGAAAGACAGAAUGUAUAUCUGGAAGACAUCCAACUUUAGGGAAAUACUGAGAUCAGUCAUUAGGAAAUUUGUGUGUUAGAUUUCACACAAUAGCUUGGGUGUUACUAUGGACAUGAGAUAAAUUUUCGAAUAUUUUCAAUGUUUUUCUUUACAACUUAUAUUCAAGUAUGUAUACCCAUUCUCAUAUUGCUAAUCAUAUGUUCUGAGUAUCAUUCUCCUCUCCUUCCAAAAAACACAGUUCCUGGAAAGCUUCACUAGUUCCCAGUAUUUUGCUCCUUCCCAACACAUUGUUCAACACAUAGCAUAAAUGUGAUGUUAAAUUGAUGCCGUGGUCCUAUAAUCAUUUGCUUCAUUUCAUCUCCAAUUAUAAAAAACUGAAAUAUAACACAUGUGAAAUUCUCAUUAAACAGUUUUUCUUCUACUCA